CACCUAUGACAAACGUUGCCAUAGGCGUGGAUAGGUAUAUUUGGACUCGGUGACCUUUUAAUCCCAACAUCGUCGCCAGGCGAGAGAACCAUCCUCUCCUACGUAUCCAGCAAAAACAAAUCCAUUUACGAGGGUCGGCCUAGAUCUAUUGAUUCCACCAACAUGUAUAACCCAGACUCGGAGCCCAAACACGUCGACGAUUCUUCGAGUUCUGACUUCGUUCUAAUCUCGGAAUUCAUCAACCAAGAGCGAACACAGAGCCUAGCGCUAACACAAGCCAAUAAUACCCUUGGUACCGUAGACAUGAAGAACAUGGAGGAUUGGGAUAUGGUUAAUGGACCGAAGCCCGUCGAAAGCAUCCAUGAAGACGACGAAAAAUCCGAUCCCACGACCUCGAAGCUCUAUGCUAAGACGCGACGUGAAGCAGAGGGGCCGCUUCCCGAUUCCACUAAUGGUCGUCGUAACUCUGGGCGUCGAGGAAACGCUCUACCUCGUUUCGUCGACAGUAUGCCGCAGUCCCAGGGAGGUGAAUUCCCCAUAACUAUCAAAUGCGGCCGCAAGAGCAGUUUUCCCGUCAAUUUUCCUCCCGGAAGCAAUCUGGCGUUUCAACGCUCAGAGAUCUACCAGAUCAACAGGAAAUUGGAAAAGCUCGAAAGCCUCACGACACACCAGACCAAAAUCUUAGACCGACUAGUCCAGGUUGAGAAUGCGCUCCUCGAACUUGAUAUCCUACGAUCACGCAUCAGCACCGUUGAGACAGAUACCGAGAAGCUGCGUGUGCGAGCGCUAGAGUUCGAACGGCAGCUUAAUAACUUGCGACGGAAUGCAAAAUCUAUACGGAAACGGUCGGUUGAAACAUCGGAACGAGACAGAGAUUUGAUAGGUCAUAUAAGUGAUACGGUCACGGAUCUACAGGUGCAGAUCGAUGAAUUGGAUGAGGACUUUGAAGGCUUUUGGGGUGAUCUUGAUGAAAUCGUUACUAGACUGAAGAGGGACCUAGUGAUCGAGGUUCCGUCGUCUUGAGAUAGCGGUGGGAGUAUCAACGGGAGCUAUGGUUGGUGUAUUGUUGUUGGCGCAAAUUGCUUAUUUAUGGUCGUUGUUUGGAGUUAUGUGCCUGGCUGCUUAAUAUGCCAACAUUUUGCAUAGGGGUAUCGACAGAAUG